AUGUCUUCGACAGACACUCCUGACCCCUCGACGACGUCGAACUCUUCUACCAACGCUUCUACUAUGACAUCUUCUUCGUCCACUACUUCGAGUCCGUCUCCGGCCAUGUCCAACACUGCAGCCCCCUCUGCUUCAGCUCGUCGACCUCAACGGAAGAGCACUUUGACCCAACAGCAAAAGAACAACAAGCGGCAGCGCGCGACUCAAGAUCAACUGGUUACUCUUGAAUUGGAAUUCAACAAGAACCCGACUCCUACCGCAUCCACACGCGAAAGAAUCGCCCAAGAGAUCAACAUGACUGAACGGUCCGUUCAGAUCUGGUUCCAAAACAGACGCGCAAAGAUCAAGAUGCUCGCCAAGAAGAGCAUUGAAACGGGUGAAGGUUGCGACUCCAUCCCUGAGUCAAUGCGCCAAUACUUGGCCAUGCAGUUCGACCCCAGCAAACCCGGUGCAAGAGAUCCCUUUGGCCGCAUUGGCGGAUAUGGAACCAAUGGUGCUUAUCCCCAUGAGUCGGCUCCUUCUGGCAAAGUUGUCAUCCACCACUUCACUUGUCGAUCCUUGACGAUCGGUAGCUGGCGACGCAUCGGGCAAAAUGCCAUGGAUCUCGUGGUGUUCUACUCCCCCGAGAAGGCCUGCAUGACCUAUUACAUCAACAACGACUCGGCUGGAUAUAAGAUCGAAUACCCGUUUUCCUACAUCAAGAAUAUCACUUUGGAGUCGGGUGACCAGAAUCCUCAGCCCAACGGAGCUCCUCCGCGAGCCGGUGGCCUUGUCGUCGAAUUGAACCGACCCCCGUUGUUUUACAUGGACUCGUCCAACUCUGGCGGGUUCUACCAAUGUGGCGACUUUACGGAGGAUCAGCAAGCUAGCCAAAUUAUGGUCCACCAUCUCGGGGGACAUCCCAAGGUUCUCAGCGUCCAACUGGCGAAGCUUGUGUCGCUGGAGUCCUUCCAGAACCGUCUUGCCUACAACAACUUUGCCAUGAACCCGCCCAUGUCGCCUCCGUUCAUCCAGCGCCCUGCAUCGCAACCAAACCAAUUCGCUCCCACCUUCCUGAGUGUGUUUCCAGAGAGCCACCCUCAUCUGAACAUCCCGGCGAUGCGUGGACACAAGCGUCAGAGGAGUCGUUCAGUUCCGGUAGCUGUGGACUUCUCUGCCAUGCAGGCCCCUCUUGCCCACUAUAAUAUGCCCCAGACUCCCGCUGCCUUCAACCAUGCGGACACGGGCAUCUUUGCUCCUGUACCUCAGUCGACGCACCCCUUGGCUGUGAACCUCCGGAUCGAUACUUCUGCUGCCUAUGGGUUCGACCCGCGCACCCACCCCAUGUCGGCCACUACGACUGCCUCUCCGUCUGACUUUGCCAGUCCCGGCCUGUUCAGCACCGGCGCUGGUGGUGACUCGACCCCUGUUGCUACGAACAUGGGUACCCCAUUCAAUCUUCCCUUCGUCUCGCCCGCGGUUGAUUCGACUGUGGCGCCUCAAGCCGCUUCUUAUUCUAACGUCAGUCAUGCCGAUCCUAUGAUUGCAAACCAUUCCCCCCCGUUGUCGAAUAUCUCGCACACGCCUCAAGAUAUGUACACCCUGGGCAACGAGCAUCAGCCCACGUACACGGAUGACAGCAUGUCCAUGAAUGGGAUCUAUCCUAAGCACAAUCUGAGCUUUGCCGUUCCCACCUCCAUGGGUCUUGAGAGCAACACGUUCGAUCUCCCCAUGCAGACCAUGUCUGGCCAUACAUCUCCUGGUGUUCAUGGCGACUUUCAGAGUCUGACCCUGGAGAAUGUCGAUCCUAACACUUUGGCACCUGGUUCUUGA